AUGCCCAAGCUUCGCAAAUGUCAUGUGGAAGUUCUAAAUGACUUGGUAAACUUUGGGACUUCUUUUGCACUUAGUAAUUCCCUUAUUUCUGAUAUAUACCAUGCCCAUGAACAAGAUCAAGCCAACUAUACCUCACUUCGUAAACACAAUAUAUUCGAUCAUACCAUCGCUCUCCUAAGACAUAAUGAUGUCGAAUCAUUUGUUCAGAAUAUAUGGGCAUCGAAGAUUGAAGGUUUAACGGAUAAAGCAGUAGCUCUGUUAAAUAUCAUACGAUAUACAUGGAUCUCGUUCCACCCUACACUCAAGAAUGGUCCUCUCUUGAGUGUAAUAAAAUCUUUCCUUGCUGUCUCAAAGAUCGUGGACUUUGUCGAAUGUAAGUGGUGUGAGACGCAAUUCACCUCCGGAAAGUACCUUGACUAUCGCAAAUCUGACUAUACCACUAAUUCAGUCAAGUACAAUGACGCUCUCGAUUACUUCAAAUUGUUUAAUAACAUGGAAGUCAUUAUUGUCGAAGCAUCAAGUGGGAAAAUCCAAGAGAGCACAGUACACACCAUUGAAGAUUGUCUCAAGCUGUUGGUGUGUGGCAUUUCAUCCUUGAGAAAAGAAGCAAUUUUAAACAAAAAUUCUUCCAUAGCGACUUUCAAGAAGCUUAAGGUUUUUGGUCUAAAAUCCAUCUUAAACCAAGUAGCUUUGUCUAAGCUGUACUUUAACAAUGUCACAAGAUGGAAUUCUGUUGAAAAACGAAUCGCCACACUUCCAUCUUCCUGGGAUAAUAUAAUCAUUCUUGUUAAAUAUUUAGAAUUGAUAGCCACCAUUUUCGAUGACAUUUGCGAUACUCAUCAUUUGCUACAAAAACUGAUGGAAGAAAACUUAGGGCUGAAUUCAGCCGAUAGUCGCUCAUUAAAAUCUAUGUUUGAGGAGCAAAUAAAUGUCAGGAUGUCAAGUUUAUGAUGUAAUUGACUUUUUUAGCGG